AUGUGUCGCUAUGAUUAUCCAUUUAUUGCUUUUGGAAAAUUAAACAUCCCAAGAAUUAAUUUAAAUAAUAACCCAUGGAAUAAUGUUUUACAGGGUAAUAUUUUACAAGAUGGUGCUUUACAGAGUAAUUGCUAUGCCAUUAUUGAGAGUAGAAAAGCUGAAUUGGCCUCAGAUUCAAAAAUAUUUGAAAUGUUAAUUAAAAUUAUUAAUGAUAAUAUCAAAAAUGACAAGCUUUAUGAAACAUACAAAACCCUUAAGCAGCCUCUUGUUGCUGAAACCAAUACAUAUACUAAAGUACUUAAUUCAAAAAAGCAGCAAAAGACUUGGAAAUCGCGAAGGAAUGGAAAAUUAGCUUUUUGGCUAUUAUAA